CUCUAUGUAAAUUUCUUGAUCUCUAAAAUUUCAGCCAUCAUCAAUGACCCUGUUUCUGGACGGAAAUUGUUUUUCUCCCCCGUAAACUGGAGGUGUUAACAGAGAUACAUUACUACAGAUAAUGAAUACAAAACAAUAUGCGUCACUGCAGUUAAGAUUUGUUCUAAAUAACAUUCAUAACAAAUUGUGUCACAAGAUAACAGAUAAACAGCGUUUUUGUGAGUCGUAAUUGAAUUAAACAGAAAUGAAGAAAGUUCUGAUUGCUAUGGAUGGUAGUAAGGAAUCUUUAUUUGCCCUCAAACAAUACGUGGAGAAAAUUCACGACCACGACAAACACGUGACAGCUGUCUAUUGUGUCCACUACAGUAUAACAGAUCCUGAAGAAUUGAUAAUCACGGCAAAAGAUGCAGAGGAUGUAAAAGCCAUGAUGCAAAAGGACGAAGCGUGUAUUACGUCUGUUCUCGAUAAAGUGCAGACUCUCCUAACAGAAAAUCAGGUGAUCGGUGAAGUCAUUAGACUUGAGGGAAAACCUGAAGUCGCAAUAAUAUCAAAAGCAGAAGAAAUAAGUGCGUCGCUGAUUGUGAUGGGGUCACGUGGUUUAGGUACUAUAAGGCGAACUAUUUUAGGUAGCGUCAGUGAGUUCAUACUUCACCAUUCCCACAUACCAGUUAUGAUUUGUAGAAUGGGAUGCGAUUCUGUAUAACAUUCUUUUUAAUUGAACAUGUUACAUGUACUAUCCUCUGCAAAAAUAGUAAACAGAUUGCUUUUUUGUUAUGAAUAUUGCAACAUUUUGGAUAUUUGUUUUGUUUAUAUCAUGCAAUGUACAAUAUAUUUCAAAGUAUUGUGGAUUGUAGUAUGUGAUUUAUUGCAUGAAAGUCGUUAAUUGAAUAUUCUAAUAUUAGGUGUCAAUUUUUUCAAUUCAACAAGCUGUACUGGGUUGUGUUAGAUUUGUUAAAAUUGAAUUAAAUAUGGUAAAUCUAC